CUGCUAAUACGUUAAAGUUACCACUAGCGUUCCGCCAGUAGUAAACGAGAAUGACUGCUUUAAGUUUCCAGAAUGUACAACAACAUGCGCCAAUGCAUCUUUGAAUUGCUGGGCUCAAGUAUUUAGCAACACUACUUCACGGUUCUGCUGUUCACCGUCAGUGGUCGACACAACUGCCUCAAGUACUGGAACUGGAACCCCAACUGGAAAUGCAUCGACUUUGAGCUCAAUGGUUCCAGUUGUUACAACUGCAACCACUUGUGUAGAUUUAGCUUUACCUGGACGUCCUUCAGACUGUCCAGCAAAUGCUAACCUUUGCCAGAACAACUUAUACAGAGCGCUAAUGCAACAGCAGUGUCCACGAACCUGCGGUUACUGUACUGUUGUUCAGUCAACAAACAGCUCCUGUGUCGACAUGAACUUACCUGGAAGGCCGUCAGACUGUCCAGCACUUGCUUCUCUUUGUACAAAUGCCAUCUAUCAAUCGCUGAUGACACAGCAGUGUCCAAGAACAUGCGGCCUUUGUUGA